UAUGAACAAAUGGUUACCUAUUAUUUAUACAGAGACGUAGUUGACUCCUUGGUUCAACAUAUAGAGAUUUAAAUGAAAUGUGAAGCCCAUUAUAAAUGGGUCUUUUAUUUAAAGAGCGAGCCCAGUUUCACUUAAUAUAGUAGCUCCGUUGGAUUAAAAACCCUAGCCCUUUACUUUAAAUUAGAGACAAACCCUUCCUUGCGCCGGUGCUGUGCCAAACUUCGAAAAUGGGUGCGUACAAGUAUGUAUCUGAGCUAUGGAGGAAGAAGCAGUCCGAUGUCAUGAGGUUCGUGCAGAGGGUGAGGUGCUGGGAGUACAGACAGCAACCUUCCAUUGUCCGUCUCGUCAGGCCUACUCGUCCCGACAAGGCUCGUCGUUUGGGUUACAAGGCCAAACAGGGCUUUGUGGUGUACCGUGUCCGUGUGAGACGUGGUGGACGCAAGAGGCCAGUGCCAAAGGGUAUUGUCUACGGUAAGCCCACAAACCAGGGAGUAACCCAACUCAAGUUCCAGAGGAGCAAGCGUUCUGUUGCUGAGGAGCGUGCUGGAAGGAAAUUGGGUGGCCUCAGAGUCGUCAACUCUUACUGGCUCAACGAGGAUUCGACCUACAAGUACUACGAGAUCAUCUUGGUCGACCCAGCACACAACGCUGUGCGUAAUGACCCGAGAAUCAACUGGAUCUGCAACCCGGUGCACAAACACCGUGAGCUCAGAGGACUUACAUCGGAGGGAAAGAAGAACAGAGGACUGCGCGGAAAGGGUCACAACAACCACAAGAACCGCCCCUCUCGCAGAGCUACAUGGAAGAAGAACAACUCUCUCUCCCUCCGCCGUUACCGUUAAUUGCUUUUUGCUGCUUUCACUAUUAUCAUCAACUUCUUCUAGUUUCUAUGUUGCUGCUCUUUUAUCUUUCGCAUGAUGACUCUUGUUUUUGCAAAAUUUUGGAGCCUAUACAAUUGCGUUCGUUUUAUGGUUUUAAACAUUUGCUUGACUUCA